AUGAAGGCCAUUUUUGAAGGCGGUGUCGAUCCGGAUCAGAACAGAUCGAAUGUCUGUCUUCACGUCGAGAGCGAAGAGAUGGGACGGAUACCGUGUCGAGUAUCUUACGAUAUCGACGGCUUUAUCGGCUUUCCUCUUACCUUGGGGGCCUUGCAUAAUGGGUUUCGUUGGUGUCCAGCCCAGCAUAUGAGUCUCUUCAUUCGAAGCGACCUUCAUAUUCGACGUCGAGUGACGUUCCCAGGGCCGGGCGGCGAAAUGCUUCAACGGACACUCCCUCUUCAUCAUAUCCCUCAUCUCUACUUGGGUUCAAUCGACGGGCUGUUUCAGUGUGCACUCUACGUGUUUUUUCCUCGGCUGACGUCGCCGGAUCGCAAGUUCACUUUUCUCCCUGCCGAAACGGUCCAGCGAUUCAAUGAGCGAGCCAUGAUGCCCUGUUUUCAAGAUUUUAUCGACCAUGAGCGGCUUCAGCGUGUACCACCGACUCAGCAGGUCGCCGAGUCGAAGGCGCGAGCGCGAGGGCUGGAGCAACGACAAGAGUCCCACGAGAAGGGUCUGAAGACCUACUUACUGUCCUCUCUCCCGUCGCGCGGACUGUCACGGGCCUGGGAGGAGAUAGUAGCACGCAUCGAUGAUGAGACAUUCGGCCUCACCGAAUUCCGCGACGCCUUUCUCCUCGUUGACGCGAAGAACUUGAAGGCCGACUUCAAGGUGGCCGGAUCCCUGUACGAGGCGAUGGACAAGUACGGAACCCGACUCGGUCAGAUAUUCGAUUUCGACCUCAUGGAUAUGAUGAUUCACGACAUCGCUCGAGAAGUGUACCCGGUCGGCAUCACUCCCAACAACCGUCAUGUGAAACACCGAGAAGUUGACGCCACGGUGCUACAGUGGAGGACGUGUUGCCUUCGGAGAGAGCACGAUCGACUUCGACACAAGGUCUUCGGUGGGCCUGCCGGGCGGACGUCGUUCUAUCAUCCGGGCUUCCUACGCGACACGGCUUCGAUGACCAUCGUGCCCCCUCGACGCUCGCCGGCCCGUCUCGGGGGAUGGCUGUACGGCCAGUUUUAUGGGGUGGCGAAGGAAAUUGUGGAUGCGGGUGCCGUUUAUCCCUUCUCGAACGAGCGACUGCUCGAACUCGCCGUCGACGAACGAGUCUGGCUCGCCCACACCAAGCGUAAACACGGCAACACAAAGCAACAACAGUUCUUCCACGACACAUACCAAGAGAGUAAACGGAGGGUGCGUAGGUGCUACUCUGACUACGCGGAUCGAUCGUUCGCCAAUCGUGUCGAGCUGAGGGUUCAGCAUGGCCUCUUUGAGGGCAUCAAGGCUCGCGCUCGUGAGGAUGAGUCCAGCGACAGGUACUCCGCCAUCCUCGAGGAGUCUCCGUCCAAUACAUGGGCAAUCGGUGCCCUGCAGUGGUCGAAUUUCAUGUUGGAGAACUACAACAAGUUCACUGCGGCUCUGGAGAUGGUGGCCAUCACGAGUCCACGGACGGGUAUCCCUUUCGAACGAUCCAAGCUCAUCGCCACUCUUCUUCGGUGUGUUCAACGAUUCUCCAGUUGUGAGCCGUCGCGAGAUGCCGUGCUAUGGUACACUACCGAGACCGCCGCCCGCGGUCGGGUGCGAGGGCUGGGCUUCAAGGACACGAUGGCACGACGCGGUUACGGAUGGUUUUCCCCCAUCAUCGACUGGCAGCACCUCAGUUUCGCACCUGAGAUCGCAUCAGAGGUCGUCAGAGUCAGCCGGGAUCUCAGCUCAUGGUACAUGGGCUCUGGGCGUCUCCUACAAGAUGCGCACGCCGCUCUCGGGCUUUGUCUGGCCUUCAUGACCACUUCACGCGUCUCCCAGGCACAUGAUGAGGCCAUGCUUCUCUCUGUCCACAUCUGUCUACGAGAGUAUCGACGAGAUGUCCUUACGGCCAUGAAGAAAGAACUGGUCCAGUGGGACGAAGCCGACUUCGACUUGGAUCUUGUCCAAUUUUGUCACGCAGGAAUUCAAGCGGCCUUGGCUACGGAACCACAUCUGGUCUCUGGCAACAAAUCCAAGACGUCGACCCCAGCCGAUCUCGUUGAAUGGUUAUGGGGCGAUUCCAUCAAGUACAACCGAAAGUCAUUCGCUCUAAAAGCCUUUCGAAUCAUGAGACAGAAAGUCGAAGACGCGCUGAAAGAAGACUGGAGACCGACGUGGAAUCAAUGGACAGAUCUCCUCCAAGCAGAGUUUCUUCGGCAUCACUGGUUAAUUCCCUAUCCUGACAUCAAUGGAACCUUGAUUUCAACGGCGAAACACACUCGAGCACGUCAAUGGUGGUCAGUCAUCCGUCCCUCUGGUGGUACACAGUGGAUAUGGGGACGAUCUAAGUUCACCCCUGGCUUCCCCCCACCAUAUCCAUCAACAUUAAGUAUGGACGUGAGUGAAAUUACCAUGCUUCUUCAGAAACUCAAAUAA